GCUGCGGACGGUUUGCUGAGCCCGUUAGUGCUCCUGCUGAGACUCACGCCGCAGCCAUGUCCCGGUACCUGCGCCCCCCCAACACGUCACUCUUCGUAAGGAACGUGGCCGACGACACCAGGUCUGAAGAUUUACGACGCGAAUUCGGUCGUUAUGGUCCUAUAGUUGAUGUGUAUGUUCCACUUGAUUUCUACACUCGCCGUCCAAGAGGAUUUGCAUAUGUUCAAUUUGAGGAUGUUCGUGAUGCCGAAGAUGCUUUACAUAAUUUGGACAGAAAAUGGAUUUGUGGACGCCAAAUUGAAAUACAGUUUGCACAGGGAGAUCGAAAGACUCCAAAUCAGAUGAAAGCCAAGGAAGGGAGGAAUGUGUAUAGUUCUUCACGCUAUGAUGAUUAUGACAGAUACAGACGUUCUAGAAGCCGAAGUUAUGAAAGAAGGAGAUCAAGAAGUCGGUCCUUUGAUUACAACUAUAGACGAUCUUAUAGUCCUAGAAACAGUAGACCGACUGGAAGACCACGGCGUAGCAGAAGCCAUUCCGACAAUGAUAGAUUCAAACACCGAAAUCGAUCUUUUUCAAGAUCUACAUCCAAUUCAAGAUCAGGGUCCAAGUCCCAGCCCAAGAAAGAAAUGAAGGCUAUAUCACGUUCUAGGUCUGCAUCUCACACCAAAACUAGAGGCAUCUCUAAAACAGAUUCCAAAACACAUUAUAAGUCUGGCUCAAGAUAUGAAAAGGAAUCAAGGAAAAAAGAACCACCUAGAUCCAAAUCUCAGUCAAGAUCACAGUCUAGGUCUAGGUCAAAAUCUAGAUCAAGGUCUUGGACUAGUCCUAAGUCCAGUGGCCACUGAUAGUAUAAACCAUGAUAUUUUUAGGCAUG